GGGUAAUUACGUCUAAUAUCCAGCUUUCAUGACUCAGAUCCUGUACGUUCUCCGGACUUCGUGGUCAUUGGACCAUCCUCCCCCGUUCAUGAUCUUGGGCCUUCGUUGCAUGAAACCCCACUGGAGCCUACCUUGUCUGAAUAAUCAGCGGGCAUGGAUCCAGAGGGUGUUUUGGACAAACAUCGUGAACUCGACAUCAUCGGGAAUUCAGCAUCAGCAUUCUGGAAGAGUCUCCCGACGCAGUCAGGAGUUUCCUCCUCCAAAGCAAAACACGCAGCAUCUCCCAUCUCCCGCCUCCCGCCUCCCGCCUCCCAGCGGCAUCCCGCUCAGAUGCCGGCCACAGCCACUCUGUGCGUUCCCACGGUGAUACUCUGCUCGUCAGGAGUCGCUGGAACUUCCCCGAGCCAACCCCUCCAUCCGUCAAAUCCGCCCAACGACUUCUUCGUCAUUCCGAAUUCUUUUCUCCUGCAACACCUUCGCUCUACUGAAUCGCAAUCCCAUUGUUCCAAUCCACCACGGAACAAUCUUCUGAAUAGCUUCGCGCGCAUUCUCUUCCUUCACACCCAUUGAACUUGACCACCAUGUCAGGCGCCACAGGAGAUUUCGGUCUGAUCGGCUUGGCCGUGAUGGGCCAGAACUUGAUUCUCAACGCCGCUGACCACGGGUACAAAGUCAUUGCUUUCAACCGAACUGUCUCCAAGGUGGACCACUUCCUUGCCAAUGAGGCCAAGGGUAAGCCACA